CCCCCUCCUCCCUCCCCUUCCGCCCCGGUUCGGUUGAUGGGUGUUAGUCUUUACUUGUGAUCGUCGUCCCCGAUUUCACUUGUACAUCUCACAGUCUCCCUUCGACACUACAUCAUGUCAAGUCGUCAACAGAUUGAUUCCGUCAUCGACGAUGAUGACGAGUUCUGCCCUCUCUGUAUCGAAGAGUUCGAUCUGUCGGAUAAGAACUUCAAACCUUGUCCCUGUGGAUAUCAGAUCUGUCAAUUCUGUUACAACAACAUCAAGACCCACAGUGAGGAAGGACGUUGUCCCAACUGCAGACGUGUCUACGAUGAAAGUACCAUCCAAUACAAGGUCCCUGAUGCCGACGAAUUCAAGGCAGAUCUCGCCCUCAAACAUCGCAAAGCCGCCGCUGCGAAAAAGAAGGAGGCCGAGAAACGCGAGAUUGAAGCCUCCAGUCGGAAGAACCUGGCCGGCGUCAGAGUUGUGCAGAAGAAUCUCGUCUACGUGAUCGGUCUCAACCCCACAAUACGGGACGAGAGUCAACUUCUGCAGACGCUGCGCGGCAGAGACUAUUUCGGUCAAUAUGGUGAUAUCGAGAAGAUCGUCGUCAGCAAGGCAAAGCCUGGUGGCAAUCCGAACCAGGGUAUCGGCGUUUAUGUGACGUACGCGAGAAAGCAGGAUGCCGCAACUUGCAUAGCGGCGGUUGAUGGGUCGGCUAAUGGUGACAGGGUGUUACGGGCGCAAUACGGAACCACGAAAUAUUGCUCGUCCUUCCUACGCAACGAACAAUGCCACAACCGAAACUGUACCUUCCUGCACGAAACUGGGGAGGACAGCGAUAGUUACAGCCGCCAGGAUCUCUCGUCCAUGAAUACCCUGUCAAGCCAACGGCCUAACGGUGCUCCUACUGCUCCCGCCUACGCCAUCCCUCCGCACGUUACUCGAACCUCUGCUCAACCUUUGUCGCAACCGAUGCGUCGUCAACCUAGUCGGGACGAUGCAGCCGGCAGUCGGGUCCCCGAUGGCCCCGCUCUUCCCUCGUCGGCUAGUUGGGCAAACAAGGACGCUGUUCUAAGUCGUGCUAGACGGGCUAGUCUCACAGGCAGUCAAGCGUCACAGAGCCCUCGGCCUGCCACUGCUACGGUCGCGCCUGUUCUGGAAGAACCGAAACCCGUGGAAAAGUCGCCGCCCUCUACGCAGCAGGAGCCCGUUGAACAAUCGCCCUCUCCUCUGGAGCGUAGAUCCUCGACUCCGCGUUCGCUUGAGCCUUUGCAGACGCCCCCACAACCUGAGACUCCAUUGCUGGACAACCUUGUUAAGGCCGUAAACUCACCCGACUUCAAGUUCAUUUUCUCGGCGGCUGGUCUGCCUGCGGAAGAGAUUGCCUUGAUUGAGAACCAUCCCUCUUUCAUCGACCCGUAUGGUGGCGUCAAACGUCGCGCCAUGCGCGAAAAAGCCGAACAAGAGCGCGCCAGACGGGAACAAGAAUUGCUCCAGUCAGCGGCUGCUGAGGAAGAGAGUCGGGAGAGCGGAAGUCUGCAGUUAGGUGGUGAGCCCGAUGAUGUUGUUCCCCCUCGGGGUCGCAGCGGCCGCGAGUCUCACGGUGCUAUUCAACCUCCCUCCCAGCAAGGCACAACCGAGAAUUCCACCGUGGGCUCUCCUGUGUCUGCCACAAGCCACCAGUUCCAACAACUCAACCAGCAACUCAACCUAGCCGGCCGCAGCUUGACACCCCAACAACAACAGCAGCUACUCAUUCUGAAGUCCGCCAACGACCGUGCUGCCAUGGACCAGCUUCAGGGCGGUCUCAGCUCCGCUGCUCUUGAUCAAGCUGCCCAGGUUCGCCAGGGUCUUCUCCAGAGUCAGAUGGCGCAGUUGAAUUCGCUACAGGCUCAAAAUCGCCAGAAUUCCCGUUUCUCUUUCGCCAAUGAGGUCAACUCGAAGAAUCUCCCUAAUGCUCGCAUGCUGAGCCAACAGGCAUCGUUGAUGCAGUCUGUUGGUACCCCUAAUCCGCUCGCAGCGCCCAGUCCACAGCACGGACUCAGCGGUGGCUACUUUCCCAGUGGUGUACAGGGUCCACCCCCUGGCUUGAAGACGGCUGGUACGCCUCCGAUCAGCGGCGGCGGUAUGUUCGCCCAAGGACACGGUUUCACCACCAACACUAGUCUCGGACUUGGAGCCAGUAUCGGCAAGCAGGAAGCGAACCCCGACUUGAUGCGUGAGUUGCUGCGUGGCCGCAAUGGUGCCGGUGCCAGUGGUUUGCAGGGUCAAGAGGCCGCUAAGCUUGACGAAGAAUUCCCUCCUCUGGGAGCGCCGCCAAAGGACAAGCGUCCUGUUGACAGCUUCGGAUAUCUUAUUCGCUCUCAAUUCGCUAGCGACUCGCAAAGCUCAGCUCGUGCUGGGACCCCAACGCUGCCCCCCGGCCUUCCUCUUCCACACGCGCACCCCGCAUCAGCCUUGUUUCAGAGUCCUUUGAAUCCGUCCAGUCCAACGACUUCGGUGUCCGUGCCGCCUGGCUUGAACCCACCAUUUUCUCGACUGGGGACCCCAUCUCAGGCGUUUCGGGGAGACAUAUCCCGACAGCCGUCGCCUGAGGUAAAGGAUACCCCUGACGAUGUACCGGCUUCUAGUCGCGUCAAGAAUGUGUCGGAGAUUUCACUAGGCUCGCCUGUACCCAAAUCCACAAGCAAAGCUCGCUCGCAAGCCAAGGGUGACCUAGCUGUUGCAACUGAAAAGAAACCCAUUGGCGCUUCCAAGCCUGCCUCUGUGAUCGAGAAGGUUGUUUCCACCCCGGUAAAGUCGAAGCCUAUCAAAUUGGACCUUUCCCUGGGGACUCCUCAGGAUGCCUCUAAAGCAGAUCAAUCAGUUCCUAGCACGCACGGGCCAGCCCCAAUUUCCGCCAUCGGCUCUCGUCCCAAUACCCCGUUGACCGGUGUCUCACGGGUUUCCGAUUCUUCUGCUCCACGGCAGCCAAGGGUGCUUCGGGUGGUUGACACGCCUAAGACAGAGACUCCGCCCCCUCCUUCCGCCCCGCAGUCUGUCUCUUCUCUACCAGCUGCCAACAAAGCUCGCUCUAGACGUCCUAGCAUAUCGUCCAUGAGCAGGCCAGAUACUCCGGGCGAUUUCGGAUCCGAAGCCGACCUUUACACAUCGGCAUCCGUGUCCCGUGCCAACUCCCCUCCCGCUUCCUCGCGAAUUGGCUCUGCUCCUGUCCGGGCUAUCACCAAGAGUCAGGCUAAGAAAGAGCGACGCCAGAAGGCCAAGGAAGCGGAAGCCAAGAAGCAGGAGACUUCUACUAUCGCGGAAGAGCCAGUCCAAGCUCCCAUCAUUGGCCGCAAGCGAAAGACUAAGAAGACUCCUGUGACCACUCCCGACACUCUGGCUGCAGCGCCAGAAACCGCCGAGGAAGCUGGAAAGCCCGUCACUCCGGCUAGUGCCGAGAGCAACGACAAGGUAGAACAGCGAGCUGAAGCUGUCAAGAAGGCCAAAUCCAAGGAGAAGGCGUCGAAGGAAGUUAGUCCCGCCCCUGUCGAGGUCAAAGCAACUCCCGAGCCCAGCACUCCUGCUGAAGCUUGGCGUUCAAAGAACACCGUCGAACAGUUGAUCAAGGAUGCAGAGUCCAGCAGCAACGGUUCCAUCAAGGACCUGUUCGCCGAACGAACAUCCCCUUUGCAAGUUUUGCUCGCCCAACUCCACAAAUCGGGCCACCUAAAUCUGAAUCAUCACCCCUUGUUUAACCCCACCAAUCUCAACCAGCGGUUUGACAUGAAGUGCACCUCGGACGACUAUGAGAUUCUGAAACAGCCAAUUGAACUUGCCGAGGAACACCGAAAGGCUUUGCUCCGUGGAGAGCCCAUUCGUAUUCACUCGGACCCUGGCUUGUUGAAGGACCGCUGUCUGAUUACCCCUCGCGGCUGUGUCCUUCGUCAUCUGUCGCAGGAAGAGGAAGACCGCUAUCUAGCGCUGGAGAAGAGCAUUGCUUGGGCAGUUGAAUCAUUUCAGGAAUACUCGUCUGCUCCUAUCACGGAACCAGAUGUGACCAAUCGCGUUGGUGGCCUCGAUGCUCUCUUCGCCACACCGGAGAAUUUCAAUAUCUGCUGGGCGGACGAGAACUCGGUUACCCUUUCUGCUGUGUCCGCGUCAGCAUCUCUGUCUGGUGCGCCCGAGGUGACCGAUUCGGCAAGCAUCCCUGCCCCGCCCAAUGUUCUCUCGGCCAUGGAAGCGGACAGCACCCGAAGCCACAAUUGGGCCGUUGCCAACACCGCCGAACUGGUGAACGCAACGGCCACUUCGGUACGCUCCUUUGCCGCCGCCACGGCUAAGCAUAUGUUGGGUGCAGCGGGCGUUGUCAUGGGUAGUAUUCCCGAUCUGGACGAUGUGGUGGGCAUGACGACCGAAGAAUUACGCUCCUUCGCGGUCAAAUCGCAGAAGGAUCUGGAGUCGUCGCGCAAGGAAUUGGACACGAUUGACAAGAAACUCAAUGCUCUGGUGAAGCGGAACCGUAAGCUCGCGCAGCAGGCUCUGGCCACGACCGUUGAGGGCUAAGGCGUUGUGGACUGACGGUCUCUCCUUUCCAACUGUAUCAACAUUUCUCUCUUUUCUGUUUAUGAUGAGCGCGGCUUCUGCCUCUGUAUUUCUAUAAGGGCCUGUAUUUUUACCCAUGUUGCAGGAGUAAGUUCGAUUGCAUGGCGUCUGGGAUGGAUGGAUUGGGUUGACAGCCGGUUACACAUAAUGCAUCAUACGUUGAUACUCUCAUAAUUGCAUAAUUGAAGCG